CUAUCUCUCUCUCUCCCCUCCAAAAAAACGUUGAGGGAAAAGAAAGAGAAAAGAACAGAAGGAUCAUACAAUUCAAUUCAAAGUCACUCUCUCUCGCUCGCCACCGGCAGACUGACGGAGCCUCUGCGAUUCGUCGCCGUCGAUGGAUUUUCAAGUGGUAGUGUUAGCCGGUGGCUUCUCGAAGAAGCUCGUCCCUCUCGUCUCUAAGGAGGUGCCUAAGGCGCUGCUCCCGGUGGCCAACCGCCCGGUCCUGUCCUACGUCUUGGAGCUCCUGGAGCAAAGUAACCUCAAGGAUCUCAUCGUCGUUGUCGAGGGAGAACAUGCGGCUCUCCUUGUUGGAGGCUGGAUAUCGGGUGCUUAUGUGGACCGUCUGCAUGUUGAGGUUGCUGCCGUACCUGAGGACAUCGGGACAGCUGGAGCCCUUCGAGCCAUUGCACAUCAUCUGACUGCAAAAGACAUCUUGGUUGUGAGUGGUGAUCUUGUUUCUGAUGUGCCUCCUGGAGCUGUGGCAGCUGCACAUAGACGGCACAAUGCUGUGGUAACUGCAAUGCUUUGCUCCGCUCCUGUAAGCGGUCCUGCAGAGUCAGGAUCCUCUGGUGGAAAGGACAAAACCAAGAAAGCAGGACGCUACAACCUCAUAGGGUUGGACCGUUCAAAGCAGUUCCUAUUAUACAUUGCCACAGGUGCUGAACUUGAGAACGAUCUCCGUAUUCAGAAGAGUAUACUUCGUGCAGUAGGCGAGAUGGAAAUCCGUGCUGAUCUCAUUGAUGCUCAUUUAUAUGCCUUCAAAAGGACCGUGCUGCAAGAGAUUCUACAUCAGAAGGAUACAUUUCAAAGUUUAAAGGAGGAUUUAUUGCCUUAUCUAGUGCGGAGCCAGCUGAAAUCCGAAAUAUUACUAAAUGGUGCACCACAACCCGAAGAGAACGGAAAUGAAAAGGUUGCUUCCCAGAACAACCAAGUAUUGCUGUCACAAAUUCUGUCUAAUUCAUCGAGGCCAAAUUUCCAUGAACGCCAUGAGUUAGAUUCAUAUGGUUCUGCCCCUGCUCGAAGAACGCAUAAAUGUUGUGUAUACAUUGCCAGCAAAAGCAAGUAUUGCGCCCGCUUGAACUCCAUCCAAGCAUUUAGCGAUAUCAAUCGUGAUGUCAUUGGAGAGGUAAAUCAUCUGUCAGGCUAUUCUUUCUCUGCUCAUAACAACAUUAUCCAUCCUUCAGCGGAGCUGGGAUCUAAAACUACUGUGGGACCACAUUGUAUGCUUGGGGAAGGAUCUCAAAUGGGGGAUAAAUGUAGCGUAAAGCGAUCUGUUAUAGGCCGCCACUGCCGGAUAGGUUCCAAUGUCAAGAUUGUUAAUUCAAUCAUUAUGAACCAUGUUACGAUUGGAGAUGGUUGCUCGAUACAAGGGUCUGUAGUUUGCAGUAAUGUACAGCUUCAAGAACGUGUUGUUUUGAAAGAUUGCCAGGUUGGAGCAGGUUUUGUCGUUAUUGCAGGCGGUGAGUAUAAGGGAGAGUCCUUGGCUAAGAAGGAGAAAUGAGUAAAUGGAUACUUAUUAUCUAGGAAGACAGCAAUUAGUAUUGAGGUACUUAACUGAGGUAUCUGAGUUUUUCCACAAUCCACGUGAGGGAAGAUUUUGUGGUGACUGCUGCGCUUGCAGUCAAUAUAGAGAGGGUUCUCAGUGGGAAUGAAAAUGCCAAUCUUUUGGUUCUAUUCGUCUGCUCUUUUGUUUGGCCACUUAUUCGUUCAUUGAAGUUUCCAAUAUGGUACUGAAUUUUGCAGAAAAAUUCUAGUCAAAAUAGAUUAAGAUCAGUUUUGUCAAAGUUUGUUGCUAUAAUAUAUAAUCUGUUUGUAAGGCAACUGUGAAAAGUUCUUCCUGCGCAAUUGUUGGCAAUUGCUGUGAUCUGCCCUUUUGGAAGCUGAUUUACUUUGAUA